AUGGUCCAGAAAUCUGCUGCUACUCAACAUCAAUUAGAAGAGUAUCAGAUUUUAUAUGAUAAACAUGCUGCACAUAUUGCCGAGUUGCAAUGUUUUCUGGAAGAGAGCAUUACUCAGAAUAGGACUUCUUUGAGUUUGUCUGCUCACGAACUCGUGCAUUUUGCAGAGCUCAUUCUCGACAAGGCCUUACUACUACGGUUCUUCAAAAAACACAAAUUUAGUAUGGCCAAUACACAGGCAGCAUUGAUAGCACAUAUUGACUGGCGACUGACACAUAAUCUAUCGCAACUUUGUUUUGAAAUGCUUAGUCCUCGCACUGUGGAAUAUCUUCAGAAAGGAUUAUUUCAAUUUUGGAAAACAGAUCUCAAAGGACUGCCGGUGCUACAUAUCACACCUCGGCAUUUUAUCCCUUCCAGCGAUGGAACAGAGUUGGAAGAUUUGCGCUUGUGUGUCAUCUUCAUUCUUGAGGUCGGACGACGGUGGAUUCAAAGCCUCAAUCAAAACGAUCCCAGUAUUGCUCCCGCUAGUGCGUUGUCAGAUCUUUCAUCACUAAAAGCAUCUACGUGUAGCAAUGAACCAGUCCCAAUAUUCUUUCAAUGUACAGUCGUAGUCGAUCUCUCUGGAUUUGGAAUGUCCAAUAUUAAUUACGAGCUUUUGCCACUCUUUUUGGAGAUUUUUCAAAAGCAUUUUCCGCAAUUUAUCGGACAGGUCUUGGUACUCAAUUAUGGAUGGAUUCAUGCCGGCAUAUGGAGCGUGUUGCGAACUGGAUUGAGUGCAGAUGCAACAGAGAAACUCCGAUUUAUAUCGACACCCGAACUGAUUGAUUAUAUUCCACCUGAAUGCAUACCCAUAUCGGUUGGCGGAUUGGAUUGUGCUUUACCAUUGUCUCCUUACAUAUGUCCAAUCAUUACUUCUUUUGGAUCGUCUGUUCCACCUAUACAGCAAACACGAGCACAUGAAUGUAUGAUGGAUCGUCUGGCUUGCAAAGACGAAGAGAUUGAUGAUUUUGAUUUUGAAACACAGAGAGCGGGCAUGCUUCAAUCCCCAAUGCCUGCUUCUUUCAUGUCACCUGUUUCUACAGUCCAUGAAACCUGGUUUGAUGCACAAAGUGCAUUUUCCUUGUCAUCUUCUUCAGCGUAUGGCACAGACAUGUCAGAGCCACACCAUUCACGAACCCCGACGUUUCCUCCUAUAUCAGUGAGAUCUGCUGCAGAUCUACAAUUGCUAUUGCGGGUUCAGGAAUACCGCUCUGGAUCUGGGUUGCCACGGACACCAAGUUCACGAUCGCUCACCUCUCUGACCAAUUUUAAACUCUCAGCUACGCCUGACGCAUCGAUUAAUCGCUCAAAUCCUUAUUUUGACCAUUUAUCACGCCCAUCUACUCCUAUUCAGUUGUCAGACACUACUUCACAAGAACGACACUUUCGACCAAUUACUAGAUCAAGCACAACUCUGUUGAAACACAAUUCACAAACCACGACUACAUCUUCCAGUACUUUACCUUCCCAAAGUACUAGUUGGAUCCCCUAUUUAUAUACCCGUAUUUUUGGUCAUCGCUCUCGUACUCAUUUUUUUGCAAGAAAACCUCGGUUUCAAAACGCUAUUGCUUCAAAAUCUAUGGUCCUUUCACCUUCAACUUCCCAAUCCAGUCUUACGUCAUCUUUUGAACCAGAGUCGGAGCAUCCUUCUUCUCCACCUCCUGCUGGAAUAGUUUCAUGGUUGCACAAAAUUGUUAAACCGCCUUGGAGAGUUAUUUUUGUAAUUAUUAUAUCUGCGUUGAUUGGACGGCGACUUUGGGCUACACAUGCUCGUUCAUAA